GCAGAUACAAAUUCUUUUGUAUAUAUAUAUAACCAUAAAGAUCCGUCUUUGUCUUUCAUUCGGUUUCGAUAUCGAGUUCUCGUCAAAGUCUUCCUCUGCAAGAAAAGCAGGAAAACCCCAGAAGGAAAGCGUUAGAAACUUGACGACAAAGGUAAGUGUGAGCGGAGAAUACAUGGAAGCAGAAGGACAAUUAGGAAGGACAUCCUGUGACAGACUCUCUUCUUCUCCGACAUCAUCGUCGUCGUCGUCGUCAUCUGCUCUCAGUUUCCAAGAACAGUUAUCCGAUUACUUGCUCGAGCCUCGCCAAGAAACCAUACAUUCCCUUAUGCAAGAAUCUUGUUUCCACAGUAUGCUCGUCAAGUUCUUCGAUUCUAGCUCCGAGGCAAGCUGUAUCUGCCAAUCUAUCCUCAAAUGGCUACACCAAAUCCGGGUUAAUCACAGGAAGAUCGAAAGGGUUAUCAAGAUCUGCAGAAAGGCUUGCCAUGGUGAAAGUACAGAUCGUUUUCCCGAAAAGAUUUGUACUGUGGUAUUCAGAGAGCUUUCAAGAAUCGCAUCGUUGGAAAACCCAUUGUGCGUCAUCAACAGUGAAGCCGGGUUUCGCUGUUUACGUGACUCAAAUGUGGAUUUUUUCUCGAGGUUGAUGUCGAAAAGGAGAAGAAUCAGAAGGAAUGUUAAGUUCUUUAGGUUCUGCAAGAAAUACGGAGGCUAUGGCCUGGUUAUUUCGAAUAGCAUUCUUGCAGUACCGCCAUUGCUAGGGUUAUGCUCUUUGGGAAUGCUGAGGAAGAAGAAGAAGAUCAAGAGAAAGAUGAACAAAACAGAUGUGUUGGAGAAACUCGGUACCCAACUCGACAUUGCGGCCAAAGGGAUGUUCAUACUGAUAAAUGACUUCGACACGCUGAGUCGCUUGGUCGGAAGACUGUACGAUGAGAUCGAGCACAGGAAAACUGUCGCUGCUAUGUGCGUGAAGAGUCAGAAACCCGAGGUUUUGAUGGAAGCGGUGAAAGAGUUCGAUUCCCACGAGCAAAGAUUCUCAGAACAGUUGAAGGAGCUUGAAGAACAUGUGUACCUGUGUUCCCACACCAUCAACAGAUCAAGAAGACUUGUCUUGGAACAGAUAACUGGCUCUCCUCAAGCAUUGGAGCUAUGUUCUUGAUUCUUUGAUUCUUUUGUUCAUCCAUUUGUUUAUAUUGCUUCUUUGUUUUGUUUUUUGCCGGUUUACCUACAAAAGGGUACAUGAAAACGGCUCUAGAAAGAACUUUUUUCUUCGCCUGCUCAAGAAAAAAUAUCCAAACAAAUGAUCUUCUGGGGAUGUAUGAAUAUCAGAUAAGGUUACAAGGCUGCA